CCCGCCCUCCCAUCGCCGCUUCCCUCCCGGGGCUGGGCGGGGGGAGGCCGGGCUGGGCGCGGGCCGCCGCGCUGCGGAGCCUGUCCUGCACCAGGCGGCGGAGUCAGAGCUGAGCGCCCCGGCGGCCCCGCAAGCUGCAGCGGCCGUGUCCGUACCGCACCGUCUUCCUCCUCCUCCUCCUCCUGCCAGCUCUGCUCGGCUCCGCUCGGCGUCCCGCCCGACCGCCCCGUGCGCCGCUCCCGCCCUCUAUGGAUGGGAAGGCAGCACCCAACGGCGUGGCCACCAUCGAGGACAGGAUCUUGCGGAUCACGGGCUACUAUGGAUAUUACCCGGGCUACUCCAGCCAGAAAAGUGCCUCACGAUCGUCUGUCAUCCAAUGCAAGCCAGGAGGCAACUGCCCCAGCAGACACAGAGGCAUGACUAGGCAGCUCUCCCCUCUAUCUGUUGCUGAAGAUUCUGCUGCUCCCAUUCUUGAGCUGCAGAAUCGAAGUCCCUCGGGAAUCUGUCGGCACAGCAGAGUCAGGAGGCAGAGCAGAUCAGAAGAAGGAACACAAACACACACAGAGAGCAGCAGCCAAGAAGCUGAAGGACAGACACGAUGCCAGUCUUGCACAUCCACAUUCCUCAAGCUUAUCUGGAGAUUUCUGAUCAUUUUGUCCGUCUCUUCUUCCUGGGUCGGGACCACGCAGUUUGUCAAAAUCACGUAUGAGACCUUUGACUGUCCUUUUUUCAUGACUUGGUUCUCAACAAAUUGGAACAUUAUGGUUUUUCCCAUUUAUUAUUCUGGGCACCUUGCAACUGCACAGGAAAAGCAGUCUCCAAUCAGAAAAUUCAGGGAAUGCAGUCGGAUUUUUGGUGAAGAUGGUCUGACGCUGAAACUCUUUCUUAAAAGGACUGCUCCCUUUUCUAUUCUGUGGACUCUGACAAACUACCUGUAUUUACUGGCUUUAAAGAAGCUGACAGCCACAGAUGUCUCUGCCCUAUUCUGUUGUAACAAAGCUUUUGUCUUCUUGCUUUCUUGGAUCGUGCUGAAAGACAGGUUCAUGGGAGCAAGGAUAGUUGCAGCAAUAAUGGCAAUCACAGGAAUUGUAAUGAUGGCAUAUGCAGAUGGUUUCCAGGGUGAUUCAAUUAUUGGAGUAGCAUAUGCUGUUGGAUCAGCCUCUACAUCGGCAUUGUAUAAGGUUUUGUUCAAAAUGUUUCUUGGAAGUGCAAACUUCGGGGAAGCGGCACAUUUUGUUUCUACCCUGGGCUUCUUCAAUUUAAUUUUCAUCUCUGUUACCCCAGUCAUACUGUAUUUUACAAAAGUGGAGUACUGGUCCCCCUUCUCUGCUGUUCCAUGGGGUUACCUCUGUGGAGUAGCUGGACUCUGGUUAGCUUUCAAUAUUCUGGUUAAUGUUGGUGUCGUGCUUACAUACCCCAUUCUGAUCUCAAUUGGCACAGUGCUCAGCGUCCCUGGAAAUGCAGCUGUGGAUCUGUUAAAGCACAAAAUGAUCUUCAGUGUAGUGAGAUUGGGAGCCACCAUCAUCAUUUGCAUUGGGUUUCUGCUCAUGCUGCUUCCUGAGGAAUGGGAUGAAAUAACCCUGCGGUUCAUCAACAGCUUGAAAGAGAAGAAAAGUGAGGAUCAUGCCGAUGACAUCACAGACUCCAGCGUACACACAAGAAGCAGAAGCAGAGCUAAUGGUACAGUGUCUAUACCACUAGGUUAGGGGUGGUGGACUUCAACUGCACGCAGAUGUAUAUUCUGUGAAUAUAGCUUAAAUUUCCCACUACUUGUAUGCUUAAAAAUGACAUUUACUCUGAAGAGGGAUGGACUGUAAGAUAAGAGAAGUACAUCUAUAAUAAAUGUUUACAUUUAUACACUUAUCAAGGAACGGGUGUAAAUAACUACAAUAAAAUGUUUUGUAAUAAGAAAACAUUUAAGCUUGUGUCUUACUGAAUUGGUGCAUUUAAAAUAUGAAUCAAGUCUACAUUGUUUAUCUCCUUUUGCUGGCAAAAGUAGAGCCAUUCUCAAGGAUACAAAUCUUGGAUAUUUCCAACUAAAUCUCAGAAUUCAACAUGUCAACUUAACUUUCAAUAAUGUGACCUUUCAGUGAGGUAGUACUUUUGGAAAGCCAUUUCAAACCUCUCCU